AUGAGCUGCUGCGGCUGGAAAUCGCUGCGCGAACUGCUGCACCUUGGCCCGGAGACGAGCACAAAGUGCGCCGAUUAUGAGCAGAAAAAGUCGGCUGAAUCGAGUUAUUACGCAUACAAGGCGUGGUUGAAGAAUGAAAGUCCGGAAGUUCAGCAAGCCCUCGCAUGCAACAAACCAUUCUUGAAAAAAUUCUUCCACGAAUUCGAUGCAACUUUCUGCAAGCACCCAAAACCACUAGAUCCGCUGGGCGGAAAAUUGUUUCGAAUGAACCUCGGUGGAAAUUCGACCGAACCAGCCUUGGUCAUCAACAAAGCAAAAGUGGAAGAACGAUUAGCCAAUUUCAACGAGCAGACAAAGCAGAAGGUAAACAGCAUCAAAGAAAAGUAUGGCAAGAAACCGGAAGCGCAUAAUGGCACCACUACGCACAAG